AUUGCUUUGGGGAGAAGAGUAGUACAAACACACCUGGGUUAGGAGGCUCGAGUUCUGAGGUAUUCUGGGUACGCAUUGGCAAACCGCCCUUCUACGAAUUGGUUGGCAUCCAUCGUCUACCAAUGUCAUCCAGCAGACUUCGCUGCUCCCAAAACACAUUAUGAUACGGCCUCUCGCUUUCCUUCGGAUCGUGGUUCCAAUAUACGCCCUCUUCCUAAUAAUCGUUUAUAUCCGCCGAGACCCUGCGCCCAAGUCAGACCAAGAAACCGAAUCGUUACCUCCCCUCGAGAUUGAGAUACCGAAGGCGAUACACCAUGUUAUGAUCGCGAUGCCCAAAUUCAAGCCGAAUAGCCACAGCAUAUCAUGGCAGCAGUCAGGUUGGAAAGUAGAGUACUGGACUGAGGAUGCUUGUUCGGAGCUGGCACAGGAGCUCAAUGCCAGUUACUCUAAGGCCUUCCAGCUGUUUCCCUCUGGAGUGCUGAAGGCGGAUUUUUGUCGAUACAUGGUCAUGUUUGGACGGGGAGGGGUGUAUAAUGACCUGGAUGUACACAUGAUGAAGGCGUUACCAUGGAAAGUCAUGGGUCCAUCAAGAGAAGGGAAUAAAGGCCCCCCUUCCCUCAUCGUGGGGCUCGAAGGAGACGCCACCACCAAAGGUCUCCCCCGCUCUCCACAAUUCGUCCAAUGGACGAUAGUUUCUGCGCCCUCACACCCCGUGCUCCUUGACGCUCUGACCCGGAUCACAGAGCGAACACCUGAGUUCCUGAAGAAGCAGCAAGCGGACAAGAACGGAGAUGCAGACGUCAUGAACUGGACGGGACCCAGCGUCUGGACGGACGCCGUGCUCGCAUAUCUCGACUGCACCGACUCACAACUCGAGAAACUCCGGGACCUGAAAACCGCAGUGAGGAUAAAGGACGUGCUUGUGCUUCCGAAACGAGCAUUUGCAGUGAUCCAGGGAGAGGAUCACAAAAAUCCGGAUAUCCUGGUCAAACAUUAUUUCUCGGGAAUGUGGAAGCACGAGAAGAGUUGGAUCAGCAAGAUCUUGCCUUGGGGCUGAUUAAUGAUUAACGAAUGGACUUUCUUGCUUGUAUU